UUUAUUGUGAAAUGUGCAGUGGGAGGAUCAGUGCAAGGCCAGAUUCUGUGUCCAGGUUCCCCUCUCUUUGCAGUUGGAUUCAUGCGGUUUGAGACGCUGUCUGCUCCAGCCUGCUGUCACCUUACUCUCGGUUAGUUGUGUGUGUUUGGAAGCAGAUUAGCUGACAGUCAUGGCGAAAGCCUCGGGGCAGCGCUCGUACCUGGUUCUGGAGAACUACAUCGGAGGGAAAUUCGUCCCCUGCCGGAACCACAUCGACUCCUCCGAACCGUCCACCGGAGAGGUCUACUGCAAAGUACCUGACAGCGGCAAAGAGGAGGUGGAUGCAGCGGUGGCAGCAGCUAAAGAGGCCUUCCCCGACUGGUCCGCCCGCAGCCCACAGCAGCGAGCGCAGAUCCUCAACAAGCUGGCCGACCUGAUCGAAGCCCACCUGGAGGAGUUUGCCCAAGCUGAGUCCAGAGACCAAGGUAAAACAGUAACAUUUGCACGGACUGUGGACAUUCCCCGAUCGGCGUACAACUUCCGCUUCUUUGCGUCAUCGGUGCUCCACCACACCACCGACUGCAGCCAGAUGGACCACAUGGGCUGCCUCAACUACACCAUCCGCUGUCCUGUGGGAGUGGCCGGUCUGAUCAGCCCCUGGAAUCUCCCCCUGUACCUGCUGACAUGGAAGAUAGCGCCAGCAAUCGCUACGGGAAACACGGUGGUGGCCAAACCCAGCGAGAUGACCUCCGUGACAGCUUGGAUGAUGUGCAAGUUGAUGCAGCAGGCUGGUGUUCCUCCAGGAGUUGUCAACAUCGUGUUUGGCACUGGUCCGAGAGCAGGUGACGCCCUCGUUGGCCAUCCUGACAUCCCAUUGGUCUCCUUCACUGGCUCCACAGCAACUGCCCAGCGCAUCACAGAACGGAGCGCCCCCUACUGUAAGAAGCUCUCACUGGAACUGGGAGGUAAAAACCCUGCCAUUAUUUUUGCUGAUGCAGACCUGGACCAGUGCAUCGAGACCACGGUUCGCUCCAGCUUCUCCAAUCAGGGAGAAAUCUGUUUGUGCACCAGUAGGAUUUAUGUAGAGAGGAGUAUCUACUCUGAGUUCCUGGAAAGGUUUGUGGCUGCAACUAGGAAGUGGAAGACCGGUGUGCCUUCUGACCCCAGCAACAACAACGGAGCUCUCAUCAGCAAAGAGCACCUGGAAAAGGUUCGAAGCUUCGUAGCACUCGCCAAAUCUGAAGGUGGCAUCGUCCACUGUGGUGAGGGGGUUGAGCAGCUGGACCUGCCUGAGCUAAACAGCUCCGGCUACUUCAUGCCGGCCACCGUCAUCUCGGGCAUAUCUGACAGCUCUCGUGUCAUGCAGGAGGAGAUCUUCGGCCCCGUCACCUGCGUCAGCCCCUUCGACACAGAGGAUGAAGCCGUUGCCAAAGGUAACGGCGUGCGUUACGGUCUUGCGGCCACCGUGUGGUCCAGAGACGUGGGGAAGAUUCACCGGGUGGCCAAGCGAUUACAGGCGGGUUUAGUUUGGACCAACUGCUGGCUGGUGAGAGAUUUGAACCUGCCCUUCGGAGGGAUGAAGAACUCUGGUGUGGGGAGGGAAGGGGGGAAGGAUUCCUACCACUUCUUCACAGAGGUGAAGAGUAUCACGAUCAAACACUAAGGAAAGGGAGGAAGCUGGCAACAGAGGCAGGUAUUGAUUGGAGGAACAUUUUCUCUCUGAGGCAGGUACAGGGAUGUUUUUGCAGUUAAUCAUGACAUUCAUCAGACUAUGUCAGCAACUCUUAGGAAUUUCAGGAACAGAUUUCCUCUCACGCUCUCACGGAUUGUUGAAGCUUGUAAUUAGGUCACAUUUGUAGAAUACAAAAGUCAGAGAAAGUCACAUUGCAACAAUACAGACGAUUAGCAGAGAUCCAAAAGGAAUGUUUAGUGAGGAGCAAAUAUAUUACUGGGUAAAACAUUAGAAAAUUGCACCUCUAUCAUUUGUUCUUUGCUGAAUAUUUUGUACCACAAUCCUCUAUUUCUGAGCAGAUGAAAUGCUUGGAGUAGUUUUUGGUUUCAAAAUGAGAAAAAGUACAAACCAGACAAGGUUAAACCGGAUCAAGUGAAAGCUUAUAUCCUGCCCAUUUCAACUGAAGAAGUCCAAAGCACGAUUUAUGACUUUAAAGAACAGAAACUUAAUCCAACAUCCUUUCAAAGUUUAUACAGCAGGUUUGUGUCCUACAUGGCAGUUCAGGAAGUGACAGUCAUUCUGAAAGAAAGUAAAACGGUUAUAAUAUUAAUAGAAAAGUCAAAAGGUUUCUUGUGAAGCAGGUUAACAAAAAGAGAGUUAUGAUGUGUGUCGCAGGCUAACCUAACCCAAGAACAAAAUAAUUGUAGCUGAGUUUCAUCAGAACAAAACAUGUAAUAAGUGUUUUGUAACACAUACAUGUGUUGCCCCAAAUUAAAAUACCCUACAUGAA